GGCCGUCUGAAAUUUGUAGUGUUUGUAUGCGUGAAUGCAAAAAUUAUAAUUCGCGUACAAAUUCGAAAGGUGUCAUUAAAUCUCACCUUGAUGUUGCGAUGACAGCUUCUUCACAAGGCUCUUCUUUGGAUAACUUCAACACUCAGAGAUCAAAUACAAACUCAGAUAAAGAAAGGAUUAGUAAUAUCACUCGUCAAACGUCUUUUAACGCCUAUCCUCUUGAAUGUUCACAAAAUCUAAUUAACCCCACCAACGAAGUAAUAUACAUGCCCUUAAAUCCUACAAAUGUUCCUCUAUCACUUCAACCAGCAAGCAUUUCAGGCGAAACACAGAAUGAACUUCCACAAAGCUACAGUCACCCCAUCUGUCAUGGGUUCAUUUUCCCAAACUCAUUGGACGCUUUAAAUAAUGUUGAUGUGGUUCAAACAAACGUCCAGAAUGUUCAGCAGAGACCAACAAGCUCCUCUUAUAAUAUUAAAAAUCCACUCCAAAGCCUGCAAUUCGGAGAUAUGGAUUUCAAUGCUCAAAGGCACUUUUAUCUACUGCUGCUUCAAGAGUUGAUUGGGCUGCAAUUAUCAGAACAUCAUAAUACGGUCAAAAGUACCAUUCCACUCCAAAGCCAGUCGAACAUUCAGUCUCAAAAUCAAGAACCGCUCCCUUGCAAUGUUCAAAAUUUUGGCUUGAAUGAGCAUCCCAAUCAAAACUGGGCUGUAAAUAGUGAACACUCAGAUAUGUCUACAUUUCUAGUACCAGUUGAAGCCAAGUUUGAAGGAGAAAGUGGUCUUUCCUUACAUAUAACCCCAAGGGAUGACAGUAGCAAUACUAGUCAAAAAGGUUCUGUUACUGUAGAGUGUCCGGGUCAGCCUAUUGUAUUAUACCCGUAUACUGUCCAACAUGAUGGUACACAAGAAGAAACAUCUCCGGUUAGUCAAUCAAUAACUGACUCGAAUGCGAGUGGUCCAACUGCGCAGGCACUAACAAUAAAAGAUAUACAUCAGUGCGUGCGGAGAGGCUCCUUGGAAUUUCCUCCAGAACCAGGCAAUGUUAUAGUUGAAAAUAUGCGGGGUCAUACGAGACCUGGAUUUGUGUUAUUGAGUGUGAGGCAUGAAAAAAUAAAUUCAGAAAAUAAAACCUCACCAACUGCAGAUUGUGGCUGUGAAGAAGCAGUUUCUCCUAGUUUGCCUCCAGUGAAUCCGGAAGUGAAAUUAAAAAGGUCUUCCAAAAAGCGAUUCAAGCAUACAAAAGGUGAGGCGGAUCUUAAAAGACGCUCCGUAGGACGUCUGUCCAAGUCCGUCUUGAAAAAUAUGAGGGAUGAAAACAUAUCUCAGCGUACAGUAGAAUUGACGGAAGAAGAUCUAAAGGCGUUAUCUUCGCAGUCAAGAUUUAGAGUGACUAGGUUUGCGGAUAAGAAGCAAGCAUGGAUAGCUCCAGCAAAUGCAGGCUGUUCAGUUGUACACGAUCUAUGGACUACUAAGCUCCCAGAAUAUGUAUUGAAGUGUGCCAAGCAUUUGAAGCAUCCAGGUCCUGAUUUCUUAGUACAAAAAUGUGAAUAUAAUGAAGUAUUUAAGAGCAUGCGGUGUGUUCUUGAUGGACGCUGUGAAGCUUGUCAGAAGUUACCUCAUCAGUGCUGAUCAGAACAAAUUUUGGCUAUAGUGGAUCUCCUGAGGUGAAACUAUGUGGACCAGGACUACUGUCUAUUUAUAUCUAAAGGGAUACAAGAUAUGAUAAAACUUCCAUGGUCUGAACUGAAAUGUUACAAUGUUACAAUGAUCAAACGAUAUAAACUGAAGAGAGAUAUUUUUUAACUUAUUAAAAUUCGAAUGGAAGAUAGUAGUUCCCCAAGUCAGUCAAAACAAUAGCGAAUAUUCCGUGUAAUUACUGUAGUUUGUCUAACAGGUCAACUAUUAAAUCACAAGAUACUUGAGGAGUGAAGUUGUAACUCGUUGGUCUAAAUGCUCAACUUUUAGCCAGUUAACUCUGACAUCAUGUCUCACUCGACAUACUUCAGCCUUGACGGCUGGUUGUUUACACUUGACGUCAUACGAUAGCUGUGACAGCUUAAAACAUUAAAAAUCUUAUCUAGGUAACAGACUUCUAACUUCCUAACCACAUGAUGGUUGUACUUUACGCUGAGGUAGUGGUCAGUGCUAUUACUAUUAUUUCCUUUAAUUCCUAGAGGAACAUAGGCCUUCAGCUGCGCGUCUCCAUUGCGCUCGGUCUUCUGCCAACCUUUUCACCCCACUUCAAGUCUGCCCACAUGCUUUCAUCUCCUCUUCACAUGACCUCCUCCAAGUCAUCUUUGGAUGACCUUUCGGGUUCCACUCGAGGGCUUGUCUAGCGAUGUUACUUGAUGGUUUCCUCAGAGUAUGGGGUCAGUACUAUACCGUAAUCCAUUUAUUAUCCAGUCCAAACUUGAAAAUAAUUUUGAAUUCACCGAAAAAAGUGAAAAUUAACUCUAAUUUUACCAAUGAAUUCGAUGUUUUAUUUUGACAAACGUGCUAAUAAUCAUUUUUACCCCUUUUUGAUUUCUAUUCUAGCUAAACUUUGUAAUUGCUGCAUGG